AUCCAACAAAACAUAACUUUCGGAAUCUAUGAGAUAUCACGUUUGACAUCUGCAUUUGAAGCUAGCUCCUUCAUAAGUCGCAUACAUGCAGCUUGGAUCAGCAUCGGGCGGGCUUGGUACCCUGAGUGGGCAUCAGCUUACAGCUACCACCCGAACGGAAAGGGUUGCUUUGUUCUCAUCGAGUGAUGACAGCCCCCCUCUGCCCUGCUCUGCGGCCCACUUAAACGCAUGGUGACACCAUUGUUCCACCAGUCGUUCAUGAUCUUUCACGUCCUUACAUCCUAGACACCAGGGCUUCAAAUAUGCACCUUGUCGUGGCAUGGGCCGUGUGGUCUUCACCGAAUCGUCUAUAUAUGCAGUGAGCCAUCACGCUUCACUAGAACACUCUGGAAACUCAACCUGUUGUCUCACCUGCCUUGCUGCCGAUAAUCGCUUGGUAUUACUUGUAUAUCUCCGCCCUCUUCCGCUUUCACCCCUAGUGACCCGGGAGGCACAUAGAAUCGCCGUACAAGACCAUCUCGUCCUCUCCCUGUGUUGAAGAAUGCUCAAGCCCAACCGAUAACCACAACCAUCCAUCUCACUGACAUGAAUAUUGGCUUUGCUAACAGCUGGACAUCUCGACGCUGAAAUCAACCAAAAUAGCUCGGACUGUUAGGUCCCAGAGUGCUCUCACAACAGUCCCAACACCAAUAUCACCACCAAUAUUAACGAUAUCGCAUCGUCCAAAAUGUCUCUCACAGUCACCUCAGAGCCAUCAAAAACCAUGUCCUCCCUACGCGCCGACCCGUCCUCCCAACAACAGCAACCCACCGUCAACAUGGUCAUCCGCCAAGACCCAUUCUACGUAACACUCGACGCCUCCGCCCUCCUGGCCGUCUCCAUCCUGACAGUCCUGGGAAUGCACUUCGUCGACCACCUCCUCCUCGAGUUCCUCAUCAUCGCCGUCCCCAUCGCCCUCCUCAUCCACAACGACUACCUCAACUUCCUCAAGCUCGGCCCCGGUGGGACACCCCCCACCCCCUCCGGCUACGCCCGUCUAACCUUUUACCGCCUCUUCACCCUCCGCGACCCCUUCACACCCCCCCCUCGGAACGUCGUCUCCUCCCCCUCCACCGGGAUCCUAUCCAAACUCCCUUACCGCCCGGGCCCUCGUCCAACCGUAGCCGGUCUGGCACCCCAGCGUCAGCUAAACCAGCACGGCUCAGUAGAGUGCUACAACCGACUGAGGGCAGCACUCGAGAACCUGUCAAAGAAGCACCCCAAUGUGUUUGUCACCGCAACGUCUUGUCUGGAGAAGCACGGGUUUGCGCUGUUCGCGAGACACCCGUUGAAUGUUUGUGGGAACGGGGAGAUUGUCCAUAUUCACAGUUCGGAUAGGUCGAUGCAUAUGAACUUGCACCCGGAUGAUAUCAAGGAGAUUUUGGAGAAAGGGUGGGGGCAGAGGCAUCCGAUGGCGUGGAGCGGGUGGGUUAGGGCGCCGUUGCCGGAGACGUUUAGUAUGGUUUAUGCUCCUAGGGAUGAGAGUGACUUGAAGAUUGUUUGUCGGAUUGUUGAGGCGGCGAUUUGGUAUGUGAUUGCGGAGAAGGUUGAGAUUGAGCUUGAGUGAAGGGGGAGGGUGGUAAGGGAGCAAUGUGUUGUUAGGAAUGGGGAAAAUGGAUAGCGGCUGGCGGGAGUUCAAAAACAUCACCAAGAUCUGGCUGGGCUGUUCGGCGUAGGAACUGGAUAUGGAUUCAAUGGGUUUCUUGUUUACUUAAUUUUCGGUAUGAAUCAGCAAGAAUCAGCGAGCACGCGUAGCUUGCUUACAUGGGGACAUAGUUGCAUUUGAAGCUACAUUACAAAUAUGAAGCCAUUCCAAAUCCUAUUCUGGGCAUCGCGCCACCUGACCGGUGGAGGCAAGCCGUUCUCAUGGAAUUGGCAAUCCUCUUUUGCCUUCGCUCGGAGCCUCGAAUCC